AUUCGCUGAACGGAUGAUUAGCACAGCUGGGGGGCUCACGUAGAUGCCAUUGUGCUGGAAGAUCUGCCUCUGAACCGCCUCUUUCUGUCCUCUGCCUGCCGCCCUGCAUACACACAGACAGACAGCUCAUCGGCGACUGAUCGGUGCAGGCAUCGACCGUCAUGACAGAUCUCGACCGCCAGAUAGAGCAGCUGAGGAGGUGCGAGUACAUCAAGGAGGCCGAGGUCAAGGCUCUCUGCGCAAAGGCGAGAGAGAUACUCGUCGAGGAGAGCAAUGUGCAGCGAGUGGAUGCUCCAGUCACGGUGAGGCGUGCAGCACGCAGGAGGGCGGGAGAGCCUCAUUGCAUUCUCCACUCAUUGCCUUUUUCUGCGCGCGCACGUCUGUGUGUGACGUGUUCAGAUCUGCGGUGACAUUCACGGUCAGUUUUAUGACCUGGUGGAGCUCUUCAAAGUGGGCGGCAACUGCCCCGACACCAACUACCUCUUCAUGGGUCGGUCAACGGGGAAGGAGGGGCCGCCACGAUGGGCACCGCGUGGCUCGUGUGGCUUUUGGGCGCGUGCAGGUGACUUUGUUGAUCGGGGUUUCUACAGUGUGGAGACUUUCCUCCUGCUGCUGGCUCUCAAAGUCCGAUACCCAGACAGAAUAACACUCAUCAGAGGUCAGUAUGCCGACAUGCGGACGCCCUCACAUGCACAUGGAUAUCCCGCUCUGCUUGUGUCAAUGGAUGGAUGGAUGGAUGGAUUGGUCAGGGAACCACGAGUCGCGUCAGAUAACGCAGGUGUACGGUUUCUACGACGAGUGUCUUCGCAAGUACGGCAGCGUCAACGUGUGGCGGUACUGCACCGAGAUAUUCGACUACCUCUCACUCGCCGCACUCAUCGAAGACAAAAUCUUCUGUGUCCACGGCGGCCUGUCCCCGUCCAUCAACACACUCGACGAUGUGCAUGAGAACCAGCAUGCAACAUCAGAACCCAUGAAUGUCCACGUGUGCGCGCGUGUGUGUGUUGGUCAGAUCCGUAUGUUGGACAGGAAGCAGGAGGUGCCGCACGAUGGCGCCAUGUGCGACCUCAUGUGGUCAGACCCUGAGGGUAGGUACACACACACACACACGCACACACACACACACACGAGGGGAGCAAGACACACGGGCAGACGGCUGUUGGUUCUUGUGCCUCCCGUGUCGGUUGGGUGCAGACAUGACUGGGUGGGGUUUGAGUCCUCGUGGUGCGGGUUACCUGUUUGGGGGCGACGUGGUGUCGGAGUUCAACCACCAGAACAACAUACAGUGCAUCGCACGGGCACACCAGCUGCAAAUGGACGUAGGCGACCACAAUGUACGUGUGGAUCGGAUUGUGUGUUAUUACACCUUUCCACCCGUGUGGUGUAGGGUUACCGGUGGAUGUUCAACAAGACGCUGGUGACGGUCUGGUCGGCGCCAAACUACUGCUACAGGUCACUCCACUCUCACCCACAUCCACACUCCCACUGAUACCUUUGCACAGGUCGAUGUGUCGUGUUUGUGUGUUCAGGUGCGGCAACGUGGCUGCCAUACUGGAGCUCGACGAGAACCUCCACCAGAACUUCAAGAUAUUCGAAGCCGCACCACCAGUACGCAAUACACAGACACGCGCAUCGCCCGCGUGUGCGCUUCUCGGGGCACGUGUGUGUGUGGUGUGUGUGUGUGGUUUGCUGAUUGCAGGAGUCGAGGGGCGUGCCUUCCAAGAAGCCCGCACCAGACUACUUCCUCUGACGAGAGCUCGUGUCGUGUCGGCCCGAGAUGGCCUGUUGCUGCUGUACAGAUGCCAACCCACCCCCUGCUACCUUACCCCCUCCAGCCAUCCAUAUGUACGAUGAUCGACAGCUGUUCUGUGUGCAGUAAAGAGCAGACACAGCAGAGAAAGCGCCACUCGCUCAGAGAGAUUGAUGGGUGUUGAGUUUCUGCUGCUUAGACGGAUUGGUGUGUGCCUGUCUGUGAGUGAGAGGUACGUCGGCGCUUCUUUCGCCGGCCAGCCAGGUCUGUGUGUGUGGAAUGGACUCCAUUGGUCCACCGAUGGACUGAUUACGAC